AGGGCGGUAACAUCGUGUGUUCUGUCUGUGGUGCCCGCCGGUCGGUGCGUCGGACUCUGCUGCCUGUGCCACACAGUGUAUGCUGGGCUCCCCCCGGUCUGCGUAUGCGAGUGGGAUCCGCAUGCGGCGACUUGAGCUAGUCGUGGAAUGACAUAUGAAGAUGCUGGAGGCGGAGUACGACUGCGCGUGCCCCGGCCCGCCCCCGCAGUUCCAGCUGCCGCCCCCGCCUCUGCCGCCGCUGCUGCUGCAGGAGGCGGGCUGCAGCGCCGACCACGCGCUCUACUCCUGCGACGUCCUGCCGGUGCUGGACGCCGAGCUGCACAGCGGUCCCGGGAUCCCGCCCACGGCGAUGAUCGCGCUGUGUUCGGCUCUGCUGCUGGCCACGGUGCUCGCCGCCUCCGUCCUACUCUGCAGGUACCGCCGCAAGGUGCCGAACCUAGUGACGUCAUGCAAAGCGUCUCCGCAGAACAGGGUGUGCGACGUGUCGGCUGCCAACGAUGUCAUCUACGAAGACCUCACCAACAUCCGACCCAGGCCCUGCACGCAGCCCCUCCAGAUGCGGGACCUCAAGGAGAUGGUGGUGCACCCGGUGCAGUACCCAACCGGCAGCCAAGGCUGCGGAUCCUCCGUGUUCGUCUGCCCUGACCGCUAUAGCAGCGAGGGCGCCUGCACGCCCGUCUACCAGGAAAUAGGCCAAGGCCGCUGCGAGUCGGACCCGGACAGCGAGGCGGCCGCGGCCGCGGGGGCGGGCUCCGAGGACGACUUCGCGGAGGACGAGCUGAGCCUGGAGGACACGAACCCUCCGCGGCACCACCUGUCGCUGACGAUGCCGCAUGCGGUGCCCGUGCCGCCGCCGCACGCCGCCGCCGCCCCGCCGCCCUGGCUCGGAUCGCUGCUCAGGUACCACGCAGGCCCGCCCCCCACAGCGCCACCGCCUGCCGUGCCGCCGGUGGCGCCGUACGAGACGGUGCCGGUGCCCGGCUUCUCCAGCUUCCGGCCGGCGCCCGCCAAGGCGCUCACCAGCCACGACUCGGACUCGGGCUACAGCCACAACACGUCGGGCGGUGCCAGCUACCCUGCAGCGGUCCAGCCAGCAGCCAGCGGCCAGCAGCCAGCAGCGGUCCCGACCAGCAGCCAGCAGCAGUCCCAGCCAGCAGCCAGCAGCGGUUCCAGCCAGCAGCCAGCAGCCAGUGGCGGUUCCAGCCAGCAGCCAGCAGCCAGUGGCGGUUCCAGCCAGCAGCCAGCAGCGGUUCCUGCCAGCAGCGGUUCCUGCCAGCAGCGGUUCCUGCCAGCAGCCAGCAGCAGUCACAGCCAGCUGCGGUCCCAGCCAGCAGCAGUCCCAGCCAGCAGCGGUCCCAGCCAGCCACCACCACUAGCAGUAGCAGCAGCAGCAGCAGCAGCAGCGGCGGCGUCCCCACCGGCCAGCCAGCUGGCGCCCGCGCUGCAGGGGGUAGUGCGGGCGGCGCCUAGUUUUUGUAUCGGCCGCCCCGACAAGCGGCCCUUCACGCCUGUAAAUACCCUGGGGUGGCAGCUGGAGCCGCGGGCGGGCGACGUGCGCGGAAUGCGUGCGGGUCGCGCGCGGCCGCUGGGGAAAUCCCCCGCGAUGCCCGAGAAAGUCCCCCGCGAUGCGGGGGGAGUCCCGCGCGAUGGCGCUCGGGCAGCCCGCAAAGUUGUUUACGGCAGACACAGGCGGCGCCGAGCCGCUGGGACCGCCGCGUACCACUCUCCGCCGCCUUUCGUAAGGCCUACGCUACGCUCUAUGCUGAGUGCUGCUCCUCCGUAG